CUCAAACAGGCUCAACGUCCAACGGAAGAAUGCGGUGCAGCUUAACGAUAGCUAGAAAGUUGUUUUAAAACUUAUGUUUUCCCCCAGGUAACAGAAAGGACGAACGAUAAAAGAUUUAAAAACAAUAAUAAUAGUAAUAAAGAUACCAGGGUUGCGGUUAAGAUGAAUAUAAAUGAGGGGAAUGCUGGUUACCAACUGAAAUAUAAGGUUAGAGAAACAUGUCCAAACAUACCGAAGGCAGGGAAACUGAUACCUGAGGGAGACAGGGCUGAGAGCUGCUUACAAGAAGUGCCAAGGCCUCCAACCCCGCCUGUGGUUAGGAAAUACCGCAACAGCAUCCGUCCAGAACCAGGAGCUAUCAGAGUGCACCAGGGGAAGGCAAAUGAUCCAGAUGUCGCCAGCACCCUUGUUCAUGGCAUCAGAACCAAAUCGUCUCUCACUGGUCAAAGCUUGGUAAAUCCUCCCCAAAAGACCUUGUUCCAAAAGAAGUUACAAGACCUGAGUGAAGCACGGUACGCCUCCAGUCGAAAAGCACCGGUGGGCAGGUCACAUGAUCCGCAUGUUACACUUCCCAGCUGGUGUAACGACAAAACUACGUAUGGUGUGAAAAUGGUUCGAGGGUUGGAUGUGCGUGAGAUUAUCAACCCUUCAAAAAAAUCCGAGGAGGUGGAGACAGAAGCUCAGGAGGGACACGAGGCUUACAUUCGUAGCCACAACGCCUAUUUUGUUGGUGAGCGGAUCGACAGGAAGUACAACUUGAGUCACUACAGUAAAGACAACAGGUUUGGGAUCCUCACACCUCAUUUCAAUGAUGGCCGUAAUCUUGGCAAAACUCUCCACUGGCUGGGGGAGACACAGAAGUUUUACAAUCCAAAUACAGUUUGGAAGAGGUCUGGGAACAGGGAAAAGAUGGCGUUGCAACUUGACAAAACAAACAUUAGGAGAGGAAAUACCUUGAAUGUUCCACCGGAUCGCACCUUUGGAAUUCUCUUGACGGCAGAUAAAUUUGGGGUUGGAGAAGUAAUCCACUCCACGGAGCCAGGUCAGUAUGUGAGAGGCCGAGACCGUCAGCGCAGUCUGAUCAACGCAGUGCAACACCACCUCAAGAAGGUCAACUUUCACCACUUCCCCUCCCUGCUGCAGGCGUUCAGACAUUACGACAAGAAAGGCAAGGGGAUGAUUGACAAAGAGGACCUGCAGGCAGUGUGCCAACAGUUCCAACUGGGCGUGAGUGAGCCGGUCCUGGAUGACCUGAUGGACCACUGUGACACAGACAAGGACGGACUAAUCAACUUCGUGGAAUUUGCUAAUUUCCUCAACUGGAAGGACAAGAUGCCCAUCAACAGUCGAGAGCAACGCAUUAUGAUGAACGAGCGUCAGACCAACACAGCUCCAGCCAACAUAGAGGGGAAGUCUUCAUCAGAAUCAGCGCAGCUUCCUGACUCUCAGGCAUUGAUUAAGCCCGAGGACCUGGAGCCUGUUGAGCCAGGAAGCUCUAAGAAGACUGUGAGGACCCUGAGGCGACUCAGGGCAGUUCCAGAUCACUUCGUUACCUCCUCCUCCCUCAUUGGGGUUGUCAGUGAUGGUCCGCUCACAUCAAACAGCCGCGCCUACGGCGUCCCGUCUGUGCGCUCCGACCUCCCACCUCCACGCAUAAAGAGAGUCAGUGACACUAACAACUACGGUGAUAUGUCCACCGCUGGAGAUCUUCUGCAUCCAUCAGUUCAUGCUAUUCAGGGUGUUCACGAGGAACAUUUCUUCUGUCCUCGCACCAAGAAGGAGAUUGCAGAGAUCUUCAGGAAUGUGGGUGUGAAUAUUUCUGAAGAGAUGUUCGAGGAGACCUGGAAGCUGGCGUCCAUGAAGCACCCGGCCGGGGAGGUUUGUGUCGAGGCUUUCCGUAACGUACUCAAGGAAAUAAAAGCAAUGUAACACUCGAGAGGUUUUAAUCGGCACAGUAUUUCCUCAUCAGUCAAUAUUUCUCUCACAGCUAGGAGGACACUUUUGACAUAAUGAAGAAUGGAUUUCUGUGGCCCAAAGUGUCUGACAACAAGUCAUAUAGGAGUAAACAGUCAUCUGAAGGGUGAUUGGCUGUUACAAGGUUUUAUGACACAAAAAAAGAUGUUUGUUACACUACAAUGCUCAGUAACCUCAAAGCAAAAAAAAGGUGUCUUUGUGUCUUUUGUAUUUGCAAGUGGGACACCCUUUUUAUAUGUCUACAGUCGGGAAUAUAACACAUUACUUGGUCAUUACAUUGUUCUUUGUGCCAGAAGUCUAUUUGCUGGUAGGUGUCCUAAUGAAAUACUAAAAACAUCCUCUGCAUGUAAUGUCCAUUACUCUAUUGCUAUUAUUCUGUUCAAAUGACAUAACCUGUUACUUUAUCAUGAUCGUGGUUAUGAAUCUGUAGAACAAUAAAUACAGAGAGGGAACACUCCAUAAAUGAACCCCUUUUUGAAUGGCUAA